CAGCUGCCUGUCUACCCACCUGAGCCCCCCAGCUGCCCGGCUGUGCUCACACCCCUCAAAGUGCGAAGCAGUGGUGUUCUGCUGUCCUUGUUUGUACACAAGGACGUCUCUCCUGGUUUCACAGAGGGGCGAGGCCUGUUGGUGUGUGCCUGCAGCGGGUUGCAUACAUCUUAUAAACUCUCUCAGGAAGGAUACAUAGUAGAUGAGCUACACCAGUUCCCUCUGGGCUGGGGAGGGGGUCGGCAGGAGAAAGACUGUCUAUUGUUUAUUUUUUUAAAUUUCCUGAAUCUUGAACCAUGCGGUGUCAUUACUUGCUAAGAAGAAGCAUUCUCAAAAACACCCUAUUUCCUGCCUCUCCCUCCCAGAGACCAGAUGGGUGUUCUUCCGCGUGUGGACUAGGGACGCACCCAGUUGACCACCAGCUUUCUCUUGUUUUACUGUCUCCUUAGUAAACUGAUGUUCCAGUCAUUCCCAGCCAGUGGGCGUUUGCAGGUUACCCUCAGCUUUUCCUUCUUACAAACAAUGGCCGAGGCAUAAAUUUUUACAAGUGAAAUAGUUGGGGGAAAAGGAAUGAGCGCUUAAGUCUUGUUCUAGGUCACACCCCAUUGCUCUCCAGGAAGGGUGCACCCCACGCUGACAAAGUAGUGUUUGUUUCUCCAUUCCCUCACGAUGUUUGCCGGGGCGAUGGUGUGAGAACGAGACUUUUUCUAACUUGCACAUCUUUGUUGGUGGGUUCGAGCAUCGCUUUCUAAGUUUGUUGCUCCUUGCGAAUUGCCCAUUUUCUCUGCCGGUCAUUUACCUUUUUCUUGUUGAUUUAUUAGAGCUCUUUACAUAUGAGGGAUGGUGGGCCCUUGUCUGGCAGUCAUGCUGGCUCCCACACGCUCUCUCGCCCCUUGCAGUGGUUGGCUGGCUGCGAUUGGGUUCUUCCAGACCAGUGUAGGGGCCGCCGUGGUCAUGCUGCUUCCGGCCAUCAUGUUCUCCAUGUCGGCCGCCAUGAUGGCCAUCACGAUCAUGAAGGUGCACAGCAUCUACCGCGGGGCUGGCGGGAGCUUCCAGAAGGCGCAGACGGAGUGGAGCACAGGCGCCUGGCGGAAUCCGCCGUCCCGGGAGGCACAGUACAACAACUUCUCGGGGAACAGCCUGCCUGAGUACCCCACCGUGCCCAGCUACCCGGCCAGUGGCAGCCAGUGGCCUUAGGGGGAGCCCGGCGGCCCCACUGCCUGCCCUCCACCGGCCCACCUGCCCCUCGCCAUCCACUCCCGCUGCCCUGGGCUUGGUGAGGCCCCUCCGCCAGCCAGGAGGGCAGACCUGGGGGCUCUCGGGGACCCGCCCCCGCAUUCACCUCACUCCCGAGAGCAGGGCUCCCUGCGAGCUCUGCCCAGAAGCUGUCCGGCCGCCGCUGUCCAGCAGAAGGACACCCCCUGUGGUCCUGAAUGCGUUUAGUCACCGUGACGUCCACUGUGCUGCUGCCACAUCCUCUCCCCUCGGGGUCUCGGGGGGCUGACCUGGGCCUUGCAGGUCAGAGGUGGGCCGGCUGCCCCCUUUACAGAGCUCUGACGCAGAGAAAGGCCCCGGCCCUGCGUCCACCCUUCCCGGCCUCCAUCCGGGUGGUCGCCCUCGGCCCAGCUUUCAGUAAGAGGGAAAGAGGGAGGCCUUCCCAGCACCAGGUUCCGGUCCCUGGUGGGAGACGGAGGGGCUCGACGGUAGCCGGAUCCUCCGUAUGUUUGUCCUCUCGUGGACUCGCUGCCUCAGUGCCACGAUCUGAGCUUCACCCCGUCUGGCUGGCUGGCUGGCUGUCCAUCUGUCCAUUGGCAGCUUGCCUCCAGUCCCCCUGCCCAUGGCCACGCUCAUUCCGAGACGCUCUCAUCCCCCCCGGAGGGGUCUUAGAGCUGGGACCCUCAGGCAGGACCUCGUCAGAUCUGAAACCUGGGACCAAACUCGCUCUGCCGGGGAGGGGAGCCGCCGGUCUGUCCCCGAUGGAAGCAGACGGGAAACCAGACGCAUCUCCGCGGAGUGCGCGCCCCAGGCCGAGCGCUGGGCCCGGGGCUCGUGGGCUGCCAUCCACGCAGCCCUCCCGGGGCCGCGGGACCAGGAGUUGGAGUCCCUGAGGGGACAGAGGAGAGUGACAAGUCUGUGCCUUAUUAGGAAUCUGAACCCGCCCCUUCGCUCUGCCCUCCGGUCCUUCCAGCUCCUUCCCAGACAAGUAGCCUGCACCUGUGUGAGUGGAUGGGCCCCUGUCCAGGCUCCCUGGAGCCCCGGACGCUGCCCCUCGGCUCCUAGCUGCCCGGCCCUCGGGGCAGGACGCCUUUCCUGUCGCACCAGCUGGGCUGCCCCCCCACGCCCACGCCUGCUUGCUUGGCUACUCGUGCUGACCGCCCCGCGGUGCCCGAAGGCGGCCGCGAGAAAGCGCCCGGGUUUGGGACCCUGAUGGGCCCCUGAGAUGGGAAACCUGGGUCCCGUCGCGCCCCUAAGGCCACCUCCCGUGACGGAGGCAUGCGCCGCCCUCCCCGUGGCGCCGAGUCUCGAGUGAGCCGGGCACCGCCAGUGACGGGCGAUGAGAAGGUGUCAGCCAGCCCGGGAUCGCCCACAGCACCCACCCCCACCCCGCUCCUCGCUGUGCGUUGUGGUUUUUGUUACGUGAGAAUAUCCAGGAAAUAAAGACAUCCUUUCUGCAUCAGAGGCGCCUCCGCGGGGCCUGUUUCUGGCGCCACGUGGUAUCACCUCCGGGGCCUUCCUCCCCUGGAUCCCAGUGCCCACGGCCUCCGGCGGGAUAAACCAGGACCAGGCUGUGCGCUGGGCCGAGUCCCGUCCACGCUGCCGGCCGCCCCUGCCCGGGACCCUGCCCCACCCACCGCGGAGCCUCGCCCGCAGGCCAUGUCCCUUCGUGUUCUUGCUUUCAGCCCCAUUUUCUUCAUGCUCAACAGCUUUCAUCUGCAAAAGAAAAUUUGCAGAAAGUGAGACCCCAGCGCCACUUGCCGUGAAGGAGACACGAGGGCUGAAGUGGCUGGGAUAGGAGCGGUGUGGGUCUGCAGGGGCCCCAGCCCGGCUCACGGGGGGCCCUGGUGGUGGAGUGGACACCCCGCGUGGACACGGGAGAGCGGCGGCAGGUCUGUUACCCCACGGACACCAGGGGAAGGAAACGAAAUCCGCAGAGAGGAGGCAGACGGAACCCAGAGCAAGUGGCGUGGGUUUCUUCGCGUCCCCCCAAGUUCACGUGAAGUCCUGACCCAGCACCUCAGAGUGGGACCUGAGUGGGAACGGGGUCUUUGCGGGAGUAGUUAUUAAGGGGAGGUCACACGGAAGCAGGUGGUCCCAACGCAGCAGGACUGGUGUCCUUAAGAGGGGGCCGUUUGG